UUUUUUGACUCUCAAGGAAACAUCAAGCUCUUCAAAAUGAAGCUGUGGUUUGUUACUGCCAUACUUAUCUCCGUUCCUCUUCCAUCCGGUAAGUGAUUUCAUCGCAAAAUGCAUUUUUUUAUCCACAUCCUUUCGAUCGCAGCGAGCAACUGUAAGGCGAAGCCAUCGUCGUAAAUCAUGUUAGAUUCGCCACAAGUACAGUAAAACAGAGAAUAAAAUGAUGUUACACAUCAAUUUAUCGCAAUUGAAAUGGAAACAUCGGAGUCACUAAGAUCGCUUCGAGCCUUCCAACGAAUAGCUUUGAAAAGUUUGUCAAAUCGAAAAACAAUUUCAAAUCCUGGUUUAAUUCAAAGAUCUACAAAUAACUUUCAUGAAAAUCGAACACAGUUUAAAAUCCAAGAAUCUUUCCAAAUUCCAGAAAAUCUACGCAAAUCGAGAAGAAUAUUUUGUCUCCUGACACUUGCGCCAGUAAUCAGCACUUUGUCACGAUACAGCUCUCUGUGUCGCUCUAAGUUGCGCUUGGUCGACUUGGAGUCACUAGGCGAACGGAGUAAACUGUACCAAGUGUCUAUUAAACUAUUUUCAGACUUUGGGGCAUAUUUUUGUCAAACCUAAGGAUCCUGUAACGAAAGAAAAAUGAACCGACGCUAUUUAUUCUAUUCCGUGCAUUGGCUGUGAUAACGAGUAUGUCGGACAGAUCAAACGUCAGUUUGGUACACAUUUGAAAGAGCAUCAAAAAGCUGUCUCCUUUUGCAAAAGAGAAAAUUCAGCUUUGUCGGAGCACAUAUGCCUAAUUAACCAUACAAUUGGGUGGGAUAAGUCUAAAAUUAUUGGUAAUCAGCGUUACCACCUGCGCCUUUGUUUGAAACCUAGCACAUCAACUCCGCCCACGCUCCUUUAAAUUGUGAUGAUGGCGCCUUACUUCCUGACGCCUAUUUACACUUGGCUAACUUUUAAAACAAGGAACAGGGAAUGGGGAAUCUUAAAAUGAGGAAUCUUUAAGAGCGAGAAUCUCUAAAAAGGAGAAUCUUUUAAAGCGUGGAAUGAAAUCGACCAAAUGUAUGAGCUAUCUGUGGAAAAGUUUCUAUUUUUUUUUUCGGAUUUUACGCUAGUGAGAUCUUAAAAAUUCAGGUCUGUUGACACACGUAAAACUACGCGACAGUGGAAAUCCCGCCGCGAUUGAAGUUUGCUCGACGAAACAAUUCUGUUUUUGGUUAAUAUGGACUAUUAUUUUUUGCUCAGAGAGCACGGUAACGAGUCCUGCAAUCGGAUUGGUUCUUUACGCGGUCCGUACUUUCCUAUUUCUGCCCUCGGACAACCGUGACGCUUUCGUGAGUCGCCGAGUACAUCCUUACUUUCGUUGCCAUUUUUUUACAAAUAUAUCUCGUUACGCCUCGAGUAACUCUUACGCAUCUUUCGUGCUCUCCAAACUUCCUGCAUGCUUCAUAUCUCGAUGAACGCACAGCUGACGUAUAAACCUACUGUUUUAUAACAUUUUCAACCCGAUGGAAAUUUUUUUCCUCGAGGGAUUUGUUUGCUGACGUCAUGAGCGUGCACAAUAGGAAUAUGAAGCACGCUCGCGCAAUUGAAUUUAUUAGCUAUGUUGUACCAAAUUUAAAAGCUUAUUUUUACAAGUCUGUCGCAAUCUGACACCUGUCAAUUAGAGAGCGCGUAAGGAAAAGAAAGCGCAAGAAGAUGUGAUAAACAACGGAACUAGUUUGGCAAGGACUGUCACGACAAUGUUUUCUUCAAAAACAGUAAAUGAUCUCAAGGAAAAUAUAAUUCACUCUCAUCGACGAUUCAUUCAUGUACGAAGAUUUACCUCUGUUCAUUAUGUAAACGGCGAGGAAAGUAAUAGUUAGUUAAUUUAAAAUUUUUUGUUUUGAGGUUGUGAGUUUGCUCGUUUGUUUGCUGCAGUGGCGUGUGUAAAUCUGGUCUUUCCACAAAAACUAAAUUCGAAUGGCACACACCAACGAGACACAAGGGUAUUUAAUGCAGCCUUUUCUAAAUAAAUUCCCUCAGUUCCUGUUGUGCAAUUUAUGGUACAAAUGUCCAAAUUGAACGGACUUGGAAAGACUCACCGAGAGCGUAUAUUUGUUGUAGAACUAGAAUUAAAACUUCGUUCGCUCUUUCAUUACGAACAAAUUGUUUGAGAAAAUUCAUAUAUUAAAUGAAUGAAAGUUCCAUCGUUCGGUUUAACUGUAACCAAAUACCUCACGUUUUAACUUUCUAGGUAUUUUUUGUAAACGAUUAAAAUUAAUUGCAGACGGUUUUUAGGCCGCUUGUCAACCAACGUAAUGACGCUACUGCUUAUACAAAUUCAUUCUGAAACCAAUAUUUUUCUGUCAACCAAAGUGAAUUGAGAGAGAGAAAAGAGAGGAUUCAUAAGUUAUUUAUCGGCUUGAGGUAGUGGCCGGCGUGUUUGCUUGAAAAUGCUGCCGAGGCUGUGGGUCUCUACUUUUAUUCGGAGUAUUUCAAUCCGAAGCCCGCCGAAUUUAUUUCUUAGUUGCGCCGCAAUCAAACGGUGAAGAUGGAAGAUUUGUACCUCGGUCUGCUGCAUAACGAUCUUACUCAGAAUACAACCACCAUACAGUUCCCAAGUUUACGUUCCAGCUGCAUCUACAGGGCCAAGUACUGUUCAAUUUAUAUCGGCGCAAGUAGUCGACCGCGCUUUCUUUUGGAACCUUUAUUUUUAUAUGUGUCCCAUUGAUGACGCCUGCUAUAUAUUAUUAUAUUAUAUAUAUAUAUAUAUAUAUAGAUAUAUUAUUAUAUUUUUCACGUUUAAUUAUCUACCGAACUUCGAGCUCUGAAUGGACUUCAUUUCUCUCUUUUAACCCAUACUCACGCAACCUUCUCUUUAGAGUCUUCAAGUUCAUAUAAAUAUCAUGGUAUUUUUCUAAAAACUGAACAAUAGUAUCAUAACGAAACCCUCUUUCAAAGUAAUGUUCAAUGGCAGAUCUCUCCUCUGACGAACUGUACAAAACAUUUUUCUGUUUGGGUCUCUUUAAUGUCGCACAUCGACGGCAGAAUUGCUCAUUGCUCGCAAAUUCUUUCCCACAAUUGUGGCAGAACAUCGUGAUACCUUGGUACUGUUUGGUCCGUUUGCGUAGUGACUCUAAGUGGAGCUAGUGCAACCUAGAGCGACACAAUGUGCUAUAUCGUGACAAAUUGCCGACUACUGGCGCAAGUGUUAGCUAACAAAAUGUUUGCGAAAAUUUUCUGGAUUUUGGAAAGAUUCUUGGAUCGUAAACUGUUCGAUUUUCAUGACAGUUAUUUUUGGAUUUAUAAAUUAAACCAGGAUUUGAAAUUGUUUUCUCGAUUUGACAAACUUUUCAAAAGCAAUUUGUCUAAAAAGAUGCCGAUUCUUAAUAUUUUUUCGGAUUUGCAAAAUAUUUUUGGACUGUCCCUUUUCGGCUCCUGCUCCUGGUAAUAAUACCGAUUCUUAAUAUAUGCAUGGGCAGAAAAAUAUCAGAGGAAUGUUCAGUGAGUAAACAAGGGUCCAGGUUAUCGAAAUGUUAAUUAAGAAUCAAAGUAAAUUGAAGUUGCUCCUUUACAUAAAUGUAAUAAUUAUGCGUAAAUUUUUAAAUUUUGUAGCUAAUUUCUCAUUUGGGAAAAACUAGGUCAGUUAAUAACGGUAAAAAUUGUUAUCUCAUUCACCUUCAUCUAUGCUUUCCUUGCCGUGUAUGUUUUCAGUUUUCAGUUUGAAAUGUAUGGUCUGCGCCAGUUCCGAGUCAUGGGAUAAAUGCGAAGGAAUAAGCAUGACCUGCGUGGCUUCGACGGCCGAUCAAUGUGUGAAAGUCUACUAUAGAACUGGUUCAACCGAGGUGUUCCAGAAAAUGUGCGGAAGCGAUGCUUUCUGUGAUGAAAAAACCAACCCUACUUGUAAAGACGCCAGUGGAUCCUUUGAGUGUAAAAUCAACUGCUGCACAGGCGACGACUGCAAUGCUGGCGCAGCAACCCGCAUCAGCGGUAUUCUCUUGUUGUCAUGCGCCCUGGCCUCUCUGAUGAUCUUUUUCAAAGCCUGAGACUUGACUGAGGUUGAGGUCCAGUACAGUUCAUGAUCUGAGGCUGCAACUAGUUAUACGCUUUAUUGAAGUACGUCAGUAGUGAAUUAGGAGAGAACGUCUUGCUUAUAGGACAUAGUAGUCGUCCAUAGAACUAUCUUCGUGAGUCGGAGAUGAAGUCAGGCCGAUUUACACCUACAAGAAGGGAUGCUAGUCCAUCAUAGUCACGUACUGCAUGUGCUUAUUAGUUUAAGUAAAAGGGGCUUUUUAAAUUUUGUUAAAUGAUGCAGCUCUGGGAAAUAAAACGUUGUCUCUAACUACUUCUUCUUCAAGAUCCUCUGAUUUAAUCAGCACUAAGCGUUACAGGAAUCAUUUGGCUAAAAAUUCUACUAAUCCUCCAUACUGCAGCGAAAUAAACAAAAGCUUAUGUGUAGGUACACUGCCUGUAAGAGUAACCCGUAACACGAUAAAUAUCAUUAUCUUGACAAUUAAAUUU